AUGGUUGUAGUUGUCUGUGGAUCCUGGUUUGACCAUGUUUUAAGCUGGGAAAAACACUGGCAUGAGAAAAACAUCCUGUUCUUGUUCUAUGAAGACAUGAAAAAGGAUCUCCCCAAGGUUGUGAAGAAAUUAAGUGCCUUCCUAGGGCUCAACCCCAGUGAGAGCAAGAUCUAUGAAAUCUGCAAAAAGGCUUCAUUCAGCGAGAUGAAAACUAACACAGAAAAGGAAAAUUCUGAUCAAAACCGUACUGUCUGUGUACUCACUUCCAACCGGAAGCUGAUAUUCCGAAAAGGUACUGUUGGUGACUGGAAGAAUCACUUCACUCCCAAACAGAACCGGCUGUUUGAAGAGACAUUUAAGAAGAAAAUGACAUUCAGCGAAGUGGCAAAACAUCUUGUAUAUGAAUGUUGA